UAAAAUAUUCCUUACGCCUAAUGCAAAUCAUAGUCCCAACUUCUAACGCUGAUCCUUAACUUCUAAGCUUUCCGGGACUGUGCUGCGAGCGACCAACUUCAUCCCCAGCCUUCGAUCCACGAAGUAGGGUUUCGAACUCCGUUCGGUUGACUUGAGGCUAGAGAAUCUCGUUUGCUUUCCCGAGAAAGGGAAGCGAAGAUGCAGAAAAUGGCGCAAUCGUGGUUCUCGCCGGACGGCGGCAGCGGCGACGAUCCGCAGAAACCCUCGUCCUCUCUGCUGGCCGAUUGGAACUCGUACGCCGCCUCCAGAGAGCCCGACGACGAGGUCGGUUUCGGCAUCGGCUUCGAUAUCGAAUCCGCUGUCAGGUCUGCCAACGACACUGUCAGCGGCACCUUGAACGUGGUUUCAAAAGGUGUAAGGGAUUUACCUGGGAACUUCCAAUCUGCUGCCAGUACAGUGCCUUCAGGGAAGGCUCUCAUGUAUUUUGGUUUAUUUCUGGCUAGUGGUGUCUUCUUCAUUGUGAUUGCUUUUACAAUGUUCCUCCCAGUCAUGGUGUUGAUGCCUCAGAAAUUUGCCAUAUGCUUCACGCUCGGGUGUUGCUUUAUCAUUGGAUCCUUUUUUGCUCUCAGGGGUCCAAUGAAUCAACUUUCUCACAUGUCGUCGAAAGAAAGGCUUCCUUUCACCGUGGGAUUUGUUGGCACCAUGGUUGGUACCAUAUAUGUCUCGAUGGUGCUUCACAGUUAUUUCCUUUCUGUGGUCUUCUCCAUAUUGCAGGUUCUUGCCCUGGUCUACUAUGUCAUUUCAUACUUCCCAGGUGGGUCUGCAGGGAUGAAAUUUCUCUCAUCGACACUUGCUUCAUCAGUAAUGAGAUGUUUUGGUCGAUGAGUGAGCUGAAGUAGCUUUGUCUGUUACAUUUGUCCGGUUGUUGUCUGAUAUAGCUCCAGGACCCAAAUGACUUUGGUUUUUAGCUGAAAGGCAAGGAUUUGGACAAAGAGCUUCCAUGGAA